CAAAAUUAUCUUAAUUUCUAUGUAAAAUAGUAGUAUAAUAUUUUUUCUACAAUAUUAUGCAUGACUCUUGGCUUUCUAUACUAGCCAUGUGGCUAACCAUUUAAAUUUGAUCGAUUGUACAUUGUUAUUGAAUAUGGUUUUAUGCUUUCUCAACCUAUAUAUAAACCUGAAAAUAUAUCAUAUCAUUCAUUCUCUCUAUUCUAAGUAGUACCAUUCUCUCUUUUUCUUUUUCUUUUUUUUUUUCAAUUGCUUUACCAAUAUCAGAAUUACUCCUAUGAUGACUAGCUUGAAGACAUAUAUUUCCUUUGUUCUUCUUUUCGCUUUUGUUCUAUCUUCUCAUGUCUUGACCCAUGAAUUACUUCACGGGGACAUGAAUGAUGAGAAAAGUGAUCCGUUAAAAGAGACAAGUGAUUCAUCUGUGGGUUACAAACCAAAUGGGCAAUGGGGUAUUACUAUUGGGCCUGAGCCCAAUGAGGAGUUUGAUGAUGAGGACUUCAGUUCCGGCGAAUAUAACAGUGGUCAUCGUUAUGGGCGUUAUGGUGGCCGUGGUGGUUCGGGGAGGUAUAAUAAUUAUCCGAGAGGCGGCCGCCGCGGGGGCAGUGAUUAUGAUGACGGUUCAGAUGAUGAUGAUGAUUAUAGUCGUCACCAAAGUGAUUAUAAUCAUCGGCGUUACAGAAGAUAUUCCAUUGAAUCAGUUCAUCCUCAAUCUUUAAAUUCGCAAAAUUCAGAAAUGAUGAUGAAUAACUACUACGACUUGGAUGGAAAUAAAAUUAAGCAUCGCAAAACGAUUAGACCUUCAAAAUUUGAUUAUGGGAGUAGCACCACAGAUGAGGACGGUGUUAAAAAUGGUUAUGAAGAAGUUGGUAAGAAGCCACUGAAUUAAUUCAAAUAAUGAACUAUAUAUGAACUAUAGUCAAUAUAUAUGUCUAUGGCAUAUAUUUAAUAUUAUGAUGGUAUCUAGCUAUAUUCUCAAUAAUACACCAUGGAUUAUGGAGCAGCAAAGCCUAGCUUGUGGAAUUUGCAUGUAUUUCUUAGUUAUGUGUCUUAUCUUGUUCUGUUACAAGCAUUGUAAUAAGUUCGUUCAUGAAACUUAUCGUUUGUAUUUGAAUUAUGAAAUGAGUAUUAUAAUGUUAUUAUUAAAACUAUAUUUUUUAUUAUUAAUAUUAGGUUACUUAAUUUCGUUGCCAAAUAAUUGAAGUAGGGAUAGAUCUUAACAAGGCUAAUUCAUUCGGAUACCUACCUCUUCAUUGAGCAAGUCAUUAGUUUUCUUUUUAAGUUUUUGACAUAUUAGUAUUUCCAUCGU